UUAAAAUAUCUUCCUUCGUGUUCAUCAGAGGAAAGAAAUGUAUACAGGUUUGUAACAACAUGAGAGUGAGUAAGUGAUGACAGAAUUUUCAUUUUUUUUGGUGAACUAUUUCUUUAAUGUAUAAACAUUUAUGACUGUCAAUGCUUCCUUUUACAAAUAUAAGCACUAUAGGGUGAAUUCAAGUACAUUGGGACACUUUUUGACAUUGAGAUGACUGUCAAAGUGUCUCAGUAUACCUAAAUAUUACUCAUAAAGUUAUUUAAGGGGUUAUGUGUGGCAUCGCGUAUCUUUUUUGUAAAAGUGUAAUAUAUUGUUUAUGUGACAUGGGGUCCACAUUUGUUUAAAAGAUUUCACCCUACUUGGUAUUUGUUCUGUUUAACAAUCCAAUGCACAUCAGUAUACAGCCCUUAACUUUGUAAAAAAAAAAACGAUACAGAGGAAGAACGAAAGGUAAGGAGAGAAAGGUAUCGGAUGUAUAGAGUGUCACCCGAAUGUAAGAAGGCCACCAAAAGACAUGUUAUACUUCAGUCCAUCUUCAUCCCACUGGACCAAACACACUCUUUAUGUUUGCUAAGAGAGAAGCAGAGACAAACGAGAACUGUGAGAUUCUACCGGAGGACAUCAAAUUUUGAAAUAUUAAAAAAUGUGCCAGAGGUUUGAUUAUAUUUCUGUGAAUUUUUGAAGAGGAUGCUGAUGUACUGCUAAAAACUUUUCACAGGCCUUCACGAAAACGCUUUGAUUUGCAGAAUAAAAUACAACUGUCAUUGCUCUGAGGAAACUUCAGAUAGGCCCAUAUUGGGAGGGGUAAAACAGGUGUUGUCUUACUGUGUGUGAGAGAGAGACAAAGACGAGGAAGAGAGCCGUGCUAUUGUUGCAGCGAUGUUCAUGAUUAUUCGAGAAGGAUCGGCAGGUGUGCAAGGUAGCCCAGGAAUGACCGCUCCACAGGAGAGAACAGCAAAACAGGUCCAGGCUGCGAUUAAGAAGAAAGUGGAGAAGCAGAGGAAACAAGUUGAAAUGGGUGUGGUGGAGGCAUUCACCAGUAAUACAAGAGCUAAAACGGGAAAGAAAAGAAAUAAGGCCAUUCAAGCUCUCAACAGUGCUAAAGAUGAUGAGGAAGGAGCUGAAGGGGGACCUGGUGAGACUGGGGAACCAAAGAAGGAUGAGGAAAUGGAUCUUGAAGAAAUUGUCCAAUCUGUUUUCGGCCAAGACCGAGAACUGCGUCCAGAAGAAAUCGAAGAACUAAGAGAAGCCUUUAAAGAGUUUGAUAGGAAUAAAGGAUACAUACACUGCACGGACCUGGGCGAAUGCAUGCGAAAUAUGGGAUAUAUGCCGACAGAGAUGGAACUCAUUGAACUGAGUCAACAAAUCAGUGGAGGCAAAAUUGACUUUGAAGACUUUGUAGAGCUCAUGGGUCCAAAAAUGCUUGCAGAGACGGCAGACAUGAUCGGAGUCAAAGAACUAAGAGAUGCUUUUAAAGAGUUCGACUCUAACGGCGAUGGGCAAAUUACUAUCAUGGAGUUAAGAGAAGCCAUGAAAAAGCUGAUGGGAGAACAGCUGAAUUCUAGAGACAUUGAAGACAUUCUCCGUGAUGCCGACCUCAAUGGUGAUGGACAGGUUGAUUUUGAAGAGUUCGUGAGGAUGAUGUCACGCUGAUCCAAUCCACAAGGAAAUUUCACAAAGACUUUUAUUUCUUUAUGAGACAAAAUUAAGUGCAGAAAUGUUUGCAAGGCCUCUAUAGACUAGCACUAUUUCUUUAAAGUAAAUUCCUUUUUUUUAUUCUAUUGUAUUUAUAAAGGAAAAUUGUGCUUGUACUGUAUAAUAUUAUGUACAAUAUUUAAACAAAAAGAAGAGAAAGUGUCUCUUCUGAAAAUAUUAUAUUAAUUAUUAUUUAAACAUUAUUUAGGCAGAGUUGCAUUUGUCUGUUAUGAACUGUGUGUCACUCAAUAUA